AUGUCUUUACCACCUGCUGCAGCGGCAAACGGUGCGGUAAAUGCGAGGAGAAAAGGACCUAACCUGAAUAUCGUUGUUUCUUGCCCUGAAUGCAAAGUGUUCCCACCAAAAGUUGUCGAGAGGUUCAGUGAAGGCGAUGUAGUGUGCGCCCUAUGUGGUCUGGUACUUUCGGAUAGAAUAGUAGAUACCAGGUCGGAGUGGCGUACCUUUUCUAAUGAUGAUCAAAAUGGGGAUGAUCCGAGCCGUGUUGGUGAAGCAUCAAAUCCGUUGUUGGAUGGAAAUCAUUUGUCGACGAGGAUAGGCCAAGGGCAAGGCGGUGAUACGAGGUUAACGAGAGAUUUGAAUCGCGCGCAAAGCAAAAGUAUUGUGGACAAGAAAGACAAUGAAUUGCAAGCAGCUUAUGCCAAAAUUACCAUGAUGUGCGAUGCAGCAGAGUUACCUAAAAUUGUCAAAGACUGCGGCAAAGAGGCUUACAAAAUAUGUUAUGAAGAGAGAGCAUUGAGAGGGAAAUCUCAAGAGAGUAUAAUGGCAUCUGUGAUUCUUGUUGGGUGUCGGAGAGCGGGUGUUGGAAGAACUUUCAGAGAGAUUUUCUCCCUGACUAACGUCAAAAAAAAGGAUAUCGGCAAGACAUUCACUAUAAUUAAAAACAUUUUGAGGGAGAAAAGGGCAAGCGGGUUUGCCAAUAUAGACACUGCUAACAUCUCAUCUAGUCAGACCUCAGCUGAGACCUUCAUUCCGAGAUUUUGCUCACACUUAGGAUUGUCUGUUCAGAUUUCAAAUGCUGCAGAGUACAUUGCAAAGCAUUGCAAAGAGAUCAAUGUGCUAGCGGGUAAGUCGCCAAUUACAAUUGCAGCAUCAGCUAUAUAUAUGGCGAUCUUACUCUUUAAGGUCGAUAUAUCAGCUACGCAGGUCUCACAAGUGCUGUCAGUUACUGAAGGUACAAUCAAAGGUGGGUACAAGAUCCUUUACGAAUACAAAGAUAAGGUAGUUGAUCCUCAACUCAUCAGAUCAGGUAAGGUGAGUUUUGAAAAUUUACCCAAAGUGAGUGAUAAGAAUGACAAAGGCUCUAAUGAUGCUUGA